CGUGACAUGAGCGUUCCUCUGCUGAAGAUCGGUGCCGUUUUGAGCACCAUGAUCAUGCUCACUAACUGGAUGUCCCAGAGGCUGCCGUCACUCGUGGGACUCGAUCAACACGUCGCACGACCCGGAACCUCCGAAAAAAUCAUUGGCUGUGGUGUUUCCUCUCAGAACUGGAGGUCUGCCACUCACGGUUGGCUAGAUCCUGGCAAUGCCACAGCAACCUCACAACACCAGUCAGCCAAUCAGAGGCAUCACAGCAACUUCACACGACCAGUCAGCCAAUCAGAGGCAGCACGGCAACCUCACAACACCAGUCAGCCAAUCAGAGGCAGCACGGCAACCUCACAACUCUAGUCAACCAAUAAGAGGCAGCACGGCAACCUCAUAACUUCACUCAGCCAAUCAGAGGCAGCACGGCAACCUCACAACUCUAGUCAACCAAUCAGAGGCAGCACGGCAACCUCAUAACUUCACUCAGCCAAUCAGAGGCAGCACAGCAACCUCACAACUCUAGUUAACCAAUUAGAGGCAGCAGAGAAACCGCAUUUCAGUGUUGUAUCCAGGUGAGGAUGAUGGUUGGCAGGUGUUUGGAUCUGGUCAGGGGAAGUGUGUGUGUUCAAUACUGACUCCAGAUCAGAGUGUGUGCAGUGGAGACCCUCGACACACUCGACUGCAGAAGAUCUCUGAUCACGUGAGGACCGCUGCUGGGUUCACUGUCACAAACAUUACUGUGUUAAAGUGUGUGUGUGCAGAUAAUGUGUGUGUUACAGGUGCAGAAUGUGUCUCAGUUCAUGGAGCUGCUGAACUCCAGAACAUCUCAAGAUCUUCAGCAACUGAGAAACUCAGAGACACUGCUCAUCACCGUGGAGACCAGAUUAAAAACAGCCCAUAAUAACCCACAGAGCCUCACCAACAAUAGUUUACAGGAGUUGCGCUGGAGUAUGUCUCAGUGUCGCCCGCUGAAGGUGCUGUUGGGUCGGUUCCGGACGGAUGUGGGGCAGAUUGAGUUUGUGAGGGAGGAGCUGGAGCAACUCAACAGUUCUCUCUCCAUAUUACAGGAACAGUUCACAGUGUACCACUAUCAUCAGCUACAACACAGAGCGUUUGUGUUAGAGCGCCACCUGCAGGCCUGCGCCAUCCAGCUGGGUUGUGGUAGACUCACAAGUAUCGCCGCUCCGCUCACUGUCAGAUCUUCAGGGUCUCGUUUUGGAUCGUGGAUGAUGGACAGUUUGAUUGACAGCUCUGACAGUCGUGUGUGGGUGAUGGAUGGUUAUUUUAAGGGCAAGCGUUUGGUGGAGUAUCAGUCGCUCAGUGACUUUGCUAACGGACAGAACUUUAUAGUCCAUCAUCUUCCUCACCCAUGGUCAGGUACGGGUCAUGUGGUGUAUAACGGCUCGCUGUACUAUAAUAAACACCACAGUAAUGUUCUGGUCCGGUAUCAUCUGGACUCCGGCCGUGUGUUACAGCAGCGCACUCUGGAUCAGGCCGGAUACAACAACACCUUCCCGUACUCGUGGGGCGGCUCGUCCGACAUUGAUCUCAUGGCCGAUGAGACCGGACUCUGGGUGGUGUACUCCACCAUUCCCAGCGGUGGGAACAUGGUGGUGAGUCGCCUGGAUCCCAACACUCUGGAGGUGGAACGGUCCUGGGACACGGGCUUUCCCAAACGCAGCGCUGGAGAAUCCUUCAUGAUCUGUGGAACGCUGUAUGUCACUAACUCACAUCUGGCCGGAGCGAAAGUUCACUUCACAUACUACACGAGCAGCUCGUCGUACGAGUACACGGAGAUCUCCUUCCAUAACCAGUACUCGCACAUCUCCAUGCUGGAUUAUAACCCCAGAAUGAGAGCGCUGCACACCUGGAAUAACGGACACCAGGUGAUCUAUGACAUCACACUCCUGCACUUCAUCAGGACAAACAAACAAGACAACAAUAACACUCCGUAACCUCUUAUUUAUUAUUAUAUGCUCAAGUCUUCAAAGAUUUAGUUCAGCCAUGAAAUAAUGUAAUGUAUUCUCAUAAAAUCAUAAUUGCCAUAAAAAUAUCACUAUAGCAGAGUAUUUUAAUGUUAAAAUGCUUGAUUUGCAGCUGAAUAUUGAGUGGAAUGUUAAUAUAUUACCAUCAGUAAUAUGAUGAUGAGUAAACCUGCAUGAAAGAUGCAUGUUUGGUGCAGUAUAUACUCUGAGAAAGAAAGAGGGACUGUAAACUUUAUUUUCUUUACAAACAAAGUGAGAAGUUCAGGCAAGUGUUGUGAAUUGUACUUCUGUAUAUUGAAUUGAAAUAUAUCAUUAAAUGCAUCAUGUUGUAAUAUUUGUACAGUAACUGCUUUAUUU